AUGACCGCCGGCAGAUCGGAGAAGAUGACCGGAAAUGAAAUUUACAAACAAAAAGAAGAGAAGAACCAGAAGUUACCGGAGAUGAUCGGCGGCGGGUUUGAUAAGAUGAUCGGAGAUGAUCGGCGGCUGUAUAGUCAAAAAGUUGAUCAUCAUGGUGUAGUUUUUGGGCAUAAUUUGAACUUUCCUACUGUCCUGCAACAAAGAUGUCAACAGUAUCAGAAAACUUCUACUUCUACAUCAAUUGUGAAUAUCUCAUCAGGGAUUUCAUCAUCAUCAUCAUCUGCACAAAGUUUUCAGAUGGAACCCCCUUCAAACCAAAGUUAUUAUGGCUGUAAAUGUUUACCUCAUUUGCCUGAAGAAGUUGAGAUGGCGAGCGUGAAGAGGCCCUAUCCGUUCUCUCCAGAAUACCCGCCUGUCCCUUCGUUUCAAUGCAAAAAGUGUUGUGUUUCCCCUGUAUCCAGAUCACGUGAAUCCGCCUCCAGCAGCAACGAGUGCUCAAUCAAUGUAGAAGAGGGAAAUGUGUUUAAAAGAGAAGUUGUGUCAAAGUCGAGAGCUUUGUCAGAGUCCGAACCAUCGAUUUCACUAAGAGAAACUAAAGCUCUGAAUGGAGAUUUUCUCAGAUUAGCUCCUCCAGCAGCAGCUUUGCCACAUUUAGGAGCAGUAAAUCGGUGCUCUUUAACUGAUUCAGCCCCACAAUGCCUUCAGCUAUUCGACUAUGCUCCCUCUCGGGUUGCUGCUGCAGAGCAUACCCCACCUUCAGGACUAAGCAUAUCAGUUCAACAACCCAUCCUCGGAUUCUUCCCAUCUGCAAAGACGCAGAUAGGUCAAGAAGGAACUCGUGGAAGUGACUUUCAUACUGAAGUAGGAGGAAAUGUUGAUUUGGAACUGAAGCUAUAG